ACUCGUCCUAGGAGCGCCAGACGGAAGCGCCGCUGGGACUGACACGUGGCCUUGGGCGGUGCUGCCUGUGUGGGUCGGCUAGGCAGGAGCCGGACCUGGACGCUCUGCGCCCCCCAUGCAGCCGCUGCCGCCGCCGCCGGAAGAAGCCCACAGGGACAGGGCCGAGGACUCCCAGUGGUCCAGGCCCGAAUGCCAGGUGUGGACAGGGACACUGCUGCUGGGCACCUGCCUGCUGUACUCUGCCCGCGUCAGCAUGCCCGUGUGCGCCGUCUCCAUGAGCCAGGACUUCGGCUGGAACAAGAAGGAGGCCGGCAUCGUGCUCAGCAGCUUCUUCUGGGGCUACUGCCUGACGCAGGUGGUGGGCGGCCACCUGGGGGACCGGAUCGGUGGUGAGAAGGUCAUCCUGCUGUCUGCCUCUGCCUGGGGGGUCAUCACGGCCGCCACCCCGCUGCUCGCCCGGCUUGGCAGCGCCCACCUGGUCUUCAUGACCUUCUCUCGCAUCCUCACGGGUUUGCUCCAAGGUGUGUACUUCCCGGCGCUGACCAGCCUGCUGUCCCAGAAGGUACGAGAGAGCGAGCGAGCCUUCACCUACAGUGCCGUGGGGGCUGGCUCCCAGUUCGGGACGCUGGUGACGGGGGCCGUGGGCUCCCUGCUCCUGGACUGGUGCGGCUGGCCGAGUGUCUUCUACUUCUCCGGUGGGCUCACCCUGCUGUGGGUGUGUUACGUGGACAGGUACCUGCUGCGUGAAAAAGAGCUCAUCCUGGCCUUGGGUGUCUUGGCUCAAGGCGCGCCAGUGCCCAGGCACACCAAAGUUCCCUGGAGGCAGCUCUUCCGAAAGCCUUCCGUCUGGGCAGCCAUCUUCUCCCAGCUGUCCUCUGCGUGCUCCUUCUUCAUCCUCCUCUCCUGGCUGCCCACCUUCUUUGAGGAGACAUUCCCCAGCUCCAAGGGUUGGGUCUUCAACGUGGUGCCCUGGCUGGUGGCGAUUCCCGCCAGUCUGUUCAGCGGGUUUCUCUCUGACCAUCUUAUCAAUCAGGGUUACAGGACCAUCGCUGUGCGGAAGUUCAUGCAGGUGAUGGGCCUCGGGCUGUCCAGCGUCUUUGCCCUGUGUUUGGGUCACACCUCAAGCUUCUGUAAGUCCGUGGUAUUUGCAUCAGCGUCCAUUGGCCUGCAGACCUUCAACCACAGUGGCAUUUCGGUCAACAUCCAGGACCUGGCCCCAUCCUGUGCUGGCUUUCUGUUUGGUGUGGCAAACACAGCUGGGGCCUUGGCAGGUGUCGUGGGCGUGUGCCUGGGGGGCUACCUCAUCGAGACCACGGGCUCCUGGACGUCCAUGUUCAACCUGGUGGCUGCCGUCAGCAGCCUGGGGCUGUGCACCUUCCUGCUGUUGGGAGAGGCCCAGCGAGUGGACCUGAGCCCCACCCGCGAGGACCUCUAGCUGCCCCAGCCGGACCGUUCCUUCAGUGCUGUCUGCCUUGGGGUGACGGGCUCUGUUUGAGAGCCUCCCACUCCUGACCCCACAUGUGUAAGCAGGGGGAAAGCGAGACCUAGCCAAGCCGGGCUGCCCUGGCUGGGCCUCAGUUUCUCCAGCGAGGUGAUCGUGCCCUCCCCUCAGGGUGCGUGGACUGUCAGGGGUGAGUGGAGUUAGUGUUUCUAGCAGUGGCUGUGUCUUUACACAGUCUGUUCCAUGUAGAUCCACGUGCCCCUGCGGUCCCCACGGUGGGAGCUUUGCCCGUCCCUGCAGGGGCUGGACUCUUCCCCCCAGACCUGCUCUGCUUUGCUUCUCGGCACAUGGGGCCAGAUCAUUCUUCGUGGGGUGAGGGGGGCUGUCCUGUGCGCUGGGCCUGCAUCCGGGGCCCCCAUCUACUAGGUGACCCCCCAGUCAUGACAACCAACACUGGCUCCUGGCAUCACCACGUGUCCCCAGGGGAGCUGCCCUGGGUGGGACCUGCAGCUCUCAUGAAGCCUGUUAGGGGCUGCUAGGGGCAUUUCAGCUUCUCCAAGUUCAGUGGGUGGGCCGUGGGCUAGACGCCCUUGCCCAUCUUUGGGGACCCCCCCGGCAUCCCCCGUGGGUCCCUUGGCACUCGUGAAGUGUUCUGCCUCCCUUGGGCCCACUGACGCCAGCAGUAAGGGGACUGUGGGUCCCUCUCCUGCCCAGGGCACUCCGCAGGACCAGGGAGCCCUCCUGCAUCGUCCUUCUCUCCUAACAGAGGAUCUGGUCGUCUCGGGAAUUAAUAACAGAUCCUGCAAGAUGUAUACGUAGAAAAAAGAAUCUAAGAAUGUGGAAAAAUCACCCCAGACUUAUUUAAACGAUGGCUAUUAAACUGGAAAAGGAAGACUGUUACUCUUUCCUUUUUUAAAAGAAUAACAUGCAGCAAAGAUUUGUUGGGCUCACUGCGGGGAAGCCGAGGAAGCGGGCAGAGGUUGUAGACAGGUGGAGGCGACCAAGCGGGGGAGCGGGGGUGGGGCAGGUGGGGCCCCUCUCCCACCGGGACCCAGCCGCCGGCCUUGCAGUGGGCUGCCCCCCGCAGCGGGCACGCACAGAACCGGGCCGCAGGGCCCGGGUGCACUCCACAAGGACGGCGGGCAGCUUUCUCUGUUUCUCCCUCCGCGGCCCCCUUUGGAUCAGAAAGAAUCUGAAAGAUUCUUGAUUACCGAACUCGAGUCUGGCCUCCUGGCUGUGGCCCAAUUGUUUAUGGAGGUGCGCUGGGAAUGUCACUUUACCACAAAGGCCCUGGCGUUCUCGUGUUCCUCGGCUGGAGGUUUUCCUGAGCGACCCCUGUGGCGGAGGAACCCAGCCCCUGAGAAUCCCCGCGGUGGACGUCCUGCAGCACCAAGCACGUUCAAGCCCUUGGACACGGGAGCUGAGCUCUUCCCACGUGCCAAGCCGUUUCUGGGAUCUUCCACCUUCCCAAACUGAAACUCUGUUCCCAUUAAACAGCAUUCCCCCUCCCAGCCCACAGCCGCCGGCCCCCACUGUCCACGUUCUGUUCCUGUGGAUGUGACGGCUCUGGGUCCCUCACGCAGUAUGUCCCUCAGUGACUGGCCUGUUUCACGGAGCGUAAUGUCCUCCACGUGGUAGCAGGUGUCAGAAUUUCCCUCCUUUUUCAGGCUGAGCCAUACUCCACUGGGUGGAUGGGCCUCAUUUUGUGCAUCCGUUCCUCUGUGGAUGGACACUUGGUUUGUUUCCACGUCUCGGCUUCUGGGAAUAAAACUGCUGAGAACAUGGGUGUCUCUAA